CAUCACUCUCUUUUCUCUCUCAACAACCAAAAACAAAAACUUCUUCUUUCAAAAAUUUCUGGGUCUGAGAAUUUCCUAUAGAAAAAACCUGACUUUCUCGAGGGGAAGAAAAAAAAUUCCGACUUUGCAUCUGUACUGAGGAUGCCAGCGACAGAUUUUCAGGGAUCAUUUGGGAGGUCACUGCUAAGUUUACGGCGAGACCAAGUUGACUCCACAGCAGCCGGCGCCGGAAGUAGCCACCACGAGCCAAACAACAUGGAGGUGGAGCUAGAUUCGUUUCAGAGACAAGUCGCCGAGAGAUUCAUCGAUCUCAACGCCUCCGGUGGAGAAAACGAGCUUCUCUCUCUCGAAUGGAUCGGGAAGCUUCUCGAUUCGUUUCUCUGCUGCCAAGAGGAGUUUCGAGCUAUCGUAUUCAACCACCGAUCGCAGGUCUCCAGAUCUCCGAUGGACCGUUUGAUUUCCGAUUACUUCGAGCGGAGCAUCAAAGCCCUCGAUGUCUGCAACGCAAUCCGCGACGGAAUCGAACAGAUCCGUCAAUGGCAGAAACUCGCCGACAUCGUUAUCUCCGCUUUAGACAGUCACCGUCCGAUCGGAGAAGGACAGCUCCGGCGAGCGAAGAAGGCUCUGAUCGAUUUAGCAAUCGGAAUGCUCGACGAGAAAGACCCUUCUUCGGCAACUAAUCUAGCUCAUCGUAACCGUUCGUUCGGGAGAGUCAAAGACAGUCACAAUCACCACCGUUCGAUUGGACAUUUCAGGUCUCUCUCGUGGAGUGUGUCGAGGUCUUGGUCAGCUUCAAAGCAACUACAAGCCUUGGCGAACAACUUGGCAACGCCUCGACCAAACGACGUCGCUGCAACCAACGGUUUAGCAGUGCCGGUUUACACAAUGACGUCGGUUUUGUUGUUUGUGAUGUGGGUUUUGGUCGCUGCGAUUCCUUGUCAAGAUCGUGGGUUGCAAGUGAAUUUCUUUGUGCCAAGGCAUUUCCAAUGGGCAGCUCCGGUUAUGUCGUUGCACGAUAAGAUUGUGGAGGAAUCUAAGAGAAGAGAUAGGAAGAAUUGUUGUGGAUUGCUUAGAGAGAUUGAUCGGAUUGAGAAGAGCUCGAGGUUGAUGAACGAAUUGGUCGAUUCGAUUCAGUUUCCGUUGACUGAUCAGAAGGAAAUUGAGGUGAAACAGAGAGUGGAGGAGCUUGUUGAGGUUCAUGAAGCUUUGAAAAAUGGUUUGGAUCCGUUUGAGAGGAAAGUAAGAGAAGUUUUCCAUCGGAUUGUUCGAAGCCGAACCGAGAGUCUUGAUUGUCUUUGAUAAAGAUCUUGUCUUGAACAUGUUUGUCCGAAACUGAUGAUUCAUAUUCGGAUUUUUCUUUCUCUUUUUUCUUGUCGAUCACUGUAAAAAAAAAAAGCAAUUCAAAGGGUGUAGAAGUUGACGUUCUUUGUGUAG